CUUUAUUUCAUUGCAAAUUCUAAAAACUACAUAAAGACAAGUUUCUACAUAUAUCUAAUCUAUAUAUAGACGCACACAAAUACCUAUACAUAUAUAAUUAUUAUGGUGAAGUUUGAUGCGAAACUAUGGAAAGCUGUGUUUCUGAUGUCGUUUAUCAACAUAAUGCUAAGCGUUGUGAACGUUAUGUUCAAGAAGAUGCUUAAUCAAGGAAUUAACCGUAUGGUCGCCACCACUUACCGACUUGCCGCAGGAACUCUGUUCUUGACACCGUUUGCAAUCAUCUUGGAAAGACAUAACAGGCCAAAACUGACGGGUAGGAUCUUGUGUUCACUUUUCUUUAGCGCUCUUCUAGGGACAAGCUUGGUGCAAUACUUCUUCCUUAUAGGACUACAAAACACGUCUUCCACUUUCGCUUUAGCGUUUAGCAACAUGGUUCCCUCGGUCACUUUUGCUUUGGCUCUCGUCUUUAGGCUAGAGACGUUGAACAUCAAGAGCAACAUAGGACGAGCCAAAGUGUUAGGUACAAUGAUAUGCAUAUGUGGAGCAUUGGUGCUUACGCUUUAUAAAGGAACCGCAUUAACUCAACAAAACACUCUAAAGGAAAUACAAACAUCAAAUAGUUCUACCACUACGGUAACGCAAAAGUGGGCAAUGGGUUCGUUCAUGCUGAUCAUAUCAAUCUUAGUAUGGUCAUCAUGGUUCAUCAUUCAAGCUAAAAUAUGCCGGAUAUAUCCCUGCCAAUACACGAGCACCACUAUCCUCUCUUUUUUUGGUGUGAUCCAAUCUGCUUUGUUAAGUUUGAUCUCGGAGAGGAGCAUAUCCAUGUGGGUCGUUAAAGAUAAAUUUCAAGUUUUAGCUUUACUUUAUUCGGGUAUUGUGGGAUCGGGAUUGUGCUACGUGGGAAUAUCGUGGUGUCUCGAACAAAGAGGUCCGGUUUUCACGUCUAGCUUCAUCCCUUUGAUUCAAGUCUUUGCUGCCAUUUUCAGCUUCUUUUUUCUUCAUGAGCAAAUUUACUGCGGAAGUGUGAUAGGAUCAAUGGUCAUCAUCGUGGGACUUUAUAUACUUUUAUGGGGCAAAAGCAAAGAAAAUCCUGCACCGAUCAUAACCAAACAAGCACCAUUAAAUCUCGAUCUUGAAGGUUGUGGGACUGCUCCAAAGGAACUUAAUAGUACUGCUCAUCCAGUCUCCGGAAAGUAAUUACUUCAAAAUGUAUUUAAUUGUCAAUGAAUUAUAAGACUAGGUCAAUCAAUAAUAGAAAAUAAUAUGAAAAUGUCAUACUAAAAUGCUAUACAGAAAUAAAUUACGAAGUUCAGAUUUCGCGUUCC